AUGUAUUCCAAUUUUCCCUCAAUAAUUAAUGAUGAUCGUUAUAGGGCAACGUUGUUAAAUGACGAUGAAAAACGAUGGUGUGUUUAUGGAAUCGUACUUAAUCAUAUUUUUAUCCCAGCUGUUCGACCUUACCUGGAAAAUAAUAUUUUAAAUGAGUAUGAUGCACUAAAGCAAUAUCAUAAUAUUCACGUUCAAACGAUUCACAACUUUCCUUCACCAAAAUAUUCCCACGAUCUACAUUAUAAAAAUAUCAACAAUAAUGAAACAAAGGAUAAGAAGAACUUUAACUAUGAAGUUAAGUCACAUGUCGACUUUGGAAAACUUUUCCUUCAAAGUCACAUGGCAAAGUUUAACAGUUACAACAGUUGUGACGCAUCAGCAGUGCUUAAUUUACUAGAAAGGAUCCCAAUUUUUUCCAACCUGGUCCAGAAUGCGGCAAAAAUCGUUAGAGAAAAUAGAAAUUCUUGGGGUCACUGCAAUUUUGAGGAAUGGAACGAAACAGAUUUUCAAAAGAAAAUCGACAAUAUGAAGAAACUUGUGAAAGAAUUGUGUUUAGCAACUGAAGAUGAAGUUUUGAAUGAUAUAAAUCAUUGGAAAGAUCAAGAUUUCGCCAUCUGUGACAGCGAUAUCGAUUUAUACUACCAGAAAUUUGAUCAAAAAACAAGAAAAUGGUUUAUCAACGAUUUCUCUGCUUGGUUCGAUGAACCUGGAGAAUCAAGAGCUUUUGUAUUUAUGGGAGAUGCUGGAGUUGGUAAAACAGUUAUGUCAGCUGCUAUCGCUCAACGCGCUAAGGAUGAUGGGAAGUUAGGAGCAGCAUUCUUUUGUAGACAUUAUGAUGGUACACGUCGUGAUCCAAGAUCUCUCCUGGCCAGUGUUGCUUAUCAGUUAGACAGAACUUUGUUGGCAGGAGGAAAAGAAAACGUUCUUUAUCUGUUUGAAACAUCUUUUUUUCAACAAAAAUGUGGUCCCUUUCAGUUAAACGUGGACAAGAUUCAUUGCUUAGCAUUCUCUCCUGACGACAAAUGGAUAUUUUUUGGGACAUUAAGAUUCUGGUUUUCCGUAGACGAGAGAAUGACAGUUGAGAAAACUCAAUUUCCACAAACUGAUACAUUUUAUAACUGGGCUUCUUUUGUUGAACAUGAACAUGUAAAUUACAUAGCGGUAAGAGCGGAAAAUGUUGAAUGUCGACCUGAUGAUGAAUGUAUAUUUUCCGUCACUCCUGAGAAAUAUCUCACUUCUUUCAAACACCAAAUCUGGAAUGUCAAAACAGGGGAUCAUGUGUUUAAGCUCAUGUGUGAAAGCGAUCUUAAUAAUCAAUGGAAACUGAAUUCUUUUUUCUACGUAUGGCAUUUUUUUCCAUAUACUCUUUAUAAAUCGUGCUUCGCUAAAUUGUCUCCAAAAGAUGUUGUAGAUCGUUAUGCAUUUAAUGCAUCUAAUGUAAAAAUCUGCAACCAGGGGAUUUACUUUAUAAAUGAUGAUCGGAAAAAUUGGCUCUUAAGGGUAUGUAUGGUUUGGCCAUUUAAUUUGAAUCAUCGUUUUGAGCUUCUUAAAGAUGAAGUAUCCAUUGUCAAGGAAGGCUCCGUUUUCAUUCACAACAUGCCAAUAUCUUUACAUAAUCUGAUUUGGGGCGAUAUAGUUUGUUUGUCUAGUGACAAAAAUUGGUUACUUCUUAAACAUAAAUGUAAAUUUCAUUUGUACAAAUUUGAUCAUUCUCAAGAUCAUGACGAGGUUCACCUUAAGGACGAUACUGCUGAGACUAGCUAUGAUAGCUUCAAGCUCCAUGGUGUUAUGGAAGGAAAUUCAGAUAUAUUUGGUUUUACGCAUAAUAACAACGCUAUCAUUUACAAAAUAGAAAAAAUCUUUUCGCUUGGUUUUUGGAUAGCAACAAGCAUUUUGAAAGUGUUUCCAGAUUUUCCCCUUCGCUUUGUAUGGAUGAGAAGUUUGUAUUUCGAUCGAAUGGCGAAGAAAAAACGAUUUCUUUACAAGACUUUCCUGCAGAUUUUUUAAACUCAAACUUUCAUAAAGACAACGUAGCCUUUUCCAAGUUAGAGACAUUUGAUGCAAAUAAAUUCACAUUCUCUUAUGAUGGACGGUAUUUUGUAAAAUGUUCUAAUUCUGAACUUAAAAUUUUUUCCGCCCAUUCCUCUUUCUCCACUUCUGAAAUAGUUCAUAAACUGAAGAAUGGUGAAUCAGAUUUCCAUUUUGUGUUGUUUUCUCCAGACUCGUCCUUGAUUCUAUUUUGUACCAAUAACAAGGAUUCUCGUCGUCAAACCAUUUACGUCUGGUUUGUGAAAGACAAAGUUUUAAAGCUUUUCCUUCCUGAAAAUUCUAUGAAAGAAGUAGACACUUGUUGUUUUUCGAUGAAUAACCGCAAAAUCAUCUUGUGUAGAGGAACAUCAAUUUCGAUGUACGACUAUGAUAAAAAUAUAGCCAGUGAACGAACCAGGCGUUCAUUUCAAUCAGAUAGUAAACGGGAGGAGUGUAGCCAUUGUAUUCUGUCGUCUGACGACAAAAUGUUAGCUUGUUGUGUAGAAAAUAAAAUAAUUUUUUAUGAGUUGCUAAGUGCUCCUAAAAAAGCAUCUCAAUUUGAGCAUUCGUGUAUGGUUAAGUGUUGCUAUUUUAUGGGAGGAAACAAAUAUGUUUUGUUUCAAGAUAUUGCAGGUUACAUGUUCAUGUUUGAUCUGAUUCAAUGGAAACUUGUAACAUACUUUAAAGCUGAAGCUUUAGUUAAAAUUUUUAAACUUACUGAUUACGAAAUAACUUGUAUUCAA